AUGGCUCUGUCAAAUCCCCGGGACGAUGGCUCUGUCAAAUCCCCGGACGAUGGCUGUCAGGAUCCCACGCUGACUGAAGCUUCCGUCCUGGGCCUCACAAAUAGGCACCGGCUCCGACAUCGCCCCAUCCAAUCUAGCUCCAGUCUACCCCAGCUUUGGCUGUGCGGCUCUCGGAAAGCUGGAGGGCGUGUUUCAGCUCGCGCCAUCAGCAAGUGCAGGCCGGCGCCGUGGGAUUUGGGAUUGAGCACGCUCAAGAACAAGCCAGGAGGCCACGAGGUGCCUAGGGGCUCGAGCUUGCGGCGCGGCCCUCCCAAUCGGUGA